CUGGAGACAUCGGGCAGUAAGAAGAUGAAGAUCAAGACUACGACACCACACUCUUUUCCCAAGGCGAAGCAGCCAGCUGUGCCGUUCCGGAGAGUGAGGGAGGAAGAGAUUGAGUUGGAUUCCCGGUUGGCUAACAACUCAUUCGAUGCAAAGAGAGGAUCUGCAGGCGACUGGGGAGAGAAGGCCAACAACAUCCUGAAAUUCACCAAAGGCAAAUCCUUCCGCCACGAGAAGACAAAGAAGAAGAGAGGCAGUUACACCGGAGGCUCCAUUUCUACUCAGGUCAAUUCCAUCAAGUUUGAAAGUGACUGAGCUUCAGUUGGUUGGGUGUCCGUCCCCCACAGCCAGCUGGACGGACAUGUGAGCAGAAUGGACACGCAGGACGCCAGUCCUGCCUGGAAUGUAAUCCCCUCCCCCCCACACACACACACUCUUGUGGGGGGAGGUAGCCCCUGCCAUGCAGUGUGGGAGAGCAGCUGGAUGCACCCACAUGAAUUCUGGCCUAGUGUCUGGCAUGGGCUGCCUUCGAACUGGUGACACCAGCUCUCCAAUAUUGUACAACUGAUUUUAAAAGGCUGGUGGUGCCCGGGGGUUCGGGUUCCCACCCAUCUUGUAAAGCAAAGAAAUUUAUAUUUUCCAUGAAUCUGUUUUUCUUUUCCGGUCAGUUUAACUGUUGAGACCUGUGAAAUGUCAAGCACUGUCGUGUGUGUGUGUAGCUAGGCCAGAGCAGCCCCUCACCAGGCACAGCUCCAGAGGGGACUGGUGGGCUGGGUUUCUUCUACUGCCCUCUCCUUAAGGUGCCCUCUUGCAGUGACCUCUCCCCGCCGUGCAGACCCUGCUGGUGCCAUUGGGCAGGGUAGCUAGAGAAGCAACAUGCUUUUAAGCCACCAGCAUGUGACUACCAAGAGUGCAAAGCCCUGCAACUCUAGGACAGCCCCAGCUCUAUUCUCUCCUAGGGGAGGCAGCAAGAGAGGAGCAGGGAUGCUAACCCUCUGGCCCGAUGCAAAGGUUAAAGAGGCAGGACGGAUAAAGCCUUGGUCCUUUGCUGCCUACUUCACCACUCCCUGGACUCUCUUUUAUUUGGGGUGUCCUUACAUCAGUGGCUGCCCCCAGUCCUCACCAGGAAUCUGAUGCACCAACACGUGCCCUGUCCUACCCGUGUGCAGUGCAGCUGGGGGAGAUUGAGAUGAAUGUAACAUGAUUUGCCUUAAACGUCUCCCCUGGCUGGAUGAGGUGCCCUUUCGGUGCUGCUUCCUGUCUGUGGGCCCCUUUGCAGAGGUGGAGACAGCACGCAGGAGGUGGUGCUGGCGUGAGGCACUAGCAGGCUGGUUGCUGCUUGGGCCCUGCCCUCCACCAAGCUCUGCAGCAUGCAGCCCAGCCUGAUCACCGUCCAGCACAGAUGAGAGCCGGGGGGCAGGUCACCCAGGGCCCGAUUUCCCUCCCAGCAGGAUGGAGCCCCACAAGCCGCUGUUACAGGAGCCAGGUCAGUGUGAGCAGUGCCAGAUACUGGAGGGUGGAGGUGACUAACAAGCCGCCCCCGAUUGCAUUAACUAACUACCACUUGUUGGAAGGAGCAUCUCUCAGCACCGCACCUUCUUGUUGCACAAUGUGCCUCAUUACUGGUUUCUUUCCAUGCAGCAAUGCACGUGCUCAGGAAAGCAGGGCUAUUACGGCGAGUCAAUGGCAAGGGAACACUCUCUGCCUGCCUGGGUAGGCGUUCGGGGCAGAGCCCAGCUGGGACCUGUCAGGCUCGCUCCUCCGUCCUCGUUGCCUGGCACAUGGAUGAACUGUAAUCAUUUUAAAGAGUUUUACGUUGGGGGGGAGUUAAUGUGGAGCACACAAGUGUCUCCUACAAUAAAGAAGCGUGUGUUUGUA